UACACGCACACACACACACUGUUGCUCCACCUGGGUUCUAAAACCUAGAGCCCAGUGAGCACCACUCGAGGGCUCCCAAAUUACUUAAAGGGAAACCACCCAAUUCCGCUACACUGCACAGUCCAACAGAUGUGCUGCUCUCCAUCUCUGCUUCCCUUCCCGCCCAAACCUGCAGGAAGAUGAUCAGGCCCUAGCAUCUGCCUUAGUUUUACUUGUACAUAAGGAAGUGAGCUGAGACCCUGCAAACUCAUUCCUGAGGGGAAUGCACUUUGGGGGCUCUGUUUUCCCAAGUCCUUGAAGCUGGGACGAGCGCUCAGCACGAUGGAGCAUGGACUCUGCUGUUAGACUUGGCCUCACCCACCUUCUCUCGCGUCUCCUUUGAGCAGGUUCUACUCUCUGUGGCUCUGUGGUUUCCGUUUUGCAGAGAAAGCACCUUCAUGCUGAUCCAAGCAAUUUGCUGCUCCUUUCAAAGGCAUAAGAGCCAGGCUGUGUUUUUAUUUCAGCCUAGUCACGCUUCGAGGACACAAGAGAUGGAGAGAUCCUGCAUUGUCCUGCUGGGGCUGCUGCUGGCGUGUUCCUGCCAUGCAGGCAAGCAGGAUGCUCUGAUUCUCGGGGGACGCAGGGUGCAGAAUCACUCCAGGCCCUACAUGGCCAUCCUGGAAAGCGAUUAUAAGGAAAUCCUGUGUGAUGGGUUCCUGAUCCAGCCAGAGUGGGUGAUGACCGCAGCCCACUGCAGGAGCUCCAGAAACAUGCGAGUCCUGAUUGUGCUGGGGGUCGAGCUGCUGAGCGAGAGGUCCAACCACAUAUGGGACAUCGCAAAGUUUUACCAGCACCCUGAUUACGAUUCCACCACCUGGGAAAAUGACAUCAUGCUGGUCCAACUGAACACCCCUGUUCCCUAUGAUAACACGGUUCAACCAGUGAAACUCCCGCAGCAGUACAGGGAGAUCCCCUGCACAGCUGCCUGCAGCACCGCUGGCUGGGGACGCACCAGGAAUGGUGAUAAGGAUGCAUCAGGGACGCACAGCCAGGUUCUGCAGGAGGUGAACGUCACCCUGGUUCCUAGGAAGUCUUGCGCAUCACUCCACACACGGAAAAUCACCAGGAAUAUGAUCUGUGCUGGGAACAAGGAGCACAACGCCUGCCAGGGCGACUCGGGCGGGCCGCUGGUUUGCAAUGGCGUGGCUGAAGGCGUGGUCUCCUUUGGCAGCAAGAAAUGUGGCGAGACCCCGACAGUUUAUACCCAGAUCUCCAGAUACCUGCCGUGGAUCAACGAAGUCAUCAAGUCGGGCAGUUAAAGGAUCCCAGGGGGCUGCUCAACAUCCAUCCUUCCCAUCCAGCAACAUCUCCCUUCUGUAAAUCCUACCCCAGCACCCCCACCAGGAAUGGCUCCCUCACCCUGCUCCCCCAAGUGCUGCUAAGAACCCCACCCACACCUGACUCUAUUAAAAACACAAGCUGAGCAUGUGCUUGUUUUAACCGCUUCACUG